GUUGACUGCUCUCUACCCGCAGAGCGAGCAGCAGCAGCAGCAGCAGCAGCAGGGCAGAGACUGAGCGCUGUGGUCAUUUAAUAAUGAUAAUAAAGAGAGAUAGUUCUUAUUAAAGCUGAAACUCGUUCAGAUGGGGCGAAGCCGGUCUCGCAGCAGGUCUCGUGAGAGGAAGUCUACAAGUAGACAAGGACGAGAGCGAAGAACAGAAAAGAAACGUCGGAAAUACAGCUCUUCAUCUUCAAGUUCUAGCAGUGCUAGCCCAAGCUCUCAAAAAAAACAUGGUCGUGUGUCUAACAAAAGCAUGAGUAAAGACCGGAAAACGGAGAGGAAAAAGCAGAAAAGAAGGAGGAGCUCAUCGUCGUCGUCGUCGUCGUCAUCAUCAUCUUCAUCAAGCAUUUCAUCAUCUUCCUCCACUUCGUCCAGCGAUGAAGAGGCCAAAAAAAAAAAAAAGCACAGAAUGACCAAGAAGCGACUGAAAAAAAUGAAAGCAAAGAAAAAGAAGAAAGAGAAGAAGGAGAAGAAAAGACUGAAGAAAAUAAAGAAAUUAGCAGCUAAAGCUGAAAAAGUAGCAACUAAAGCUCCGCUGAUCAUUCCUGUUCCAGGAUCGGUUCAAGUAGAAAAGACGCAGUCAUACUUGGAGACCUGGCAGAAUGACGAUGCUGCAGAACAUGGUCCAGUGAUGACAGAUGAGCAGAAGGCCAGUUUCUCUACUAAGAGACCAAUGACAAAGGAGGAAUAUGAAGCCAGACAGAGUGUCAUCCGGCGGGUCACUGACCCUGAAACAGGACGCACCAGACUCAUAAGGGGAGAUGGAGAGGUUUUGGAAGAGAUUGUCAGCAAAGAGCGCCACAAAGACAUCAACAAGGUUUCAGUAAUAUUUAUAUUGUGUUCAAAGCACCAAGGCAGACGGAACGACAUUCCAGAAGAGACUAGGAAUCAACAGGUAGAGGAACAACAGAAUAUAAAACUCCACCUUGAGGAAUCCGUAAGCAGUCAAUAGCAUAUCAUGGUUGUUCUUUACUUAUACAUGCUGUACAUCUUCAGAAUUUAGACAGAUGCUAUAUUUAUUUGAGGCGUUGGAAUGUAAAUGGCAUUAUUAAAUAACUAUACAGUCUUAUGCCAUAUUUAUUUGACAUCAUAAUCCACAUAUUUACAUGUUUUAAAAUGACAUCAACUGUUGCAUUUGAUUGGGAUAUUUGUAAUUCUUCAGGCAAUAAUUUUGGUCACAAUACCUGCAAUGGCAUAAACAAAAUGGGGACUAGUGUGACCUAGCUGUGAUUAGUUCAGUAAUUGACAUUGAGGUUUAAUAUAAAAUCUGGAGGUUGGUUAAGUGAAUGUAGGUGAAGAAUUCUGAAAAUCUGACCCAGUUCUUUUCAUGUGUAAAAAUGUCUUGUCAAAUUGUUGAGAUUUUUACCCCGAUCUACAGAUUUGUAGUGUGCCUAUAAAGUGGUAAAUCUGUUUACAAGCAAAUGGCUGCAUGAGUUAAAUGAAUACUGUCAAUUUAAAACCAAAUAAAAUCAAAUAAAUGCAGAA